GAGCCUUGUUACGUCACUUUUUGCAUUUUUCUGAUUAGCCGAUGUCACGAAGCAAUGAGCUGCACGAAGUAAACAAGGAAGUCGAUGCUCUGGCACGUUUUUGGCUGUUACAAGACCGACAUACUGUAUCUUUGGAAUUGUGAGACUUUUAGUACAGCAUCAUGCAGCCUAGCAGGUUUGCUUUGUCAUGUGCUGGUGCAUUGAAUAAAUUUAUAUCAAGAAAUUUUGGAAUGGAUUUACAUGGACCACACUCAACUUCAAAAUUAUGUUCUCACAUCGCACUACUGAAUAUUCAUAAUAUCAGACUGAAAUCAGUGCCAAACAAUGAUAUGAUUGAUCCUGUCAAGGGAUCUCUUGUGUACAAAACCCCAUCUAUUAUAAGAAAUCUGGACAAUUAUAUUUUUGGAAUCCCAAUUGCAAUCAUGCCGGAGGUUAUAGAGCCAGAAAAUGAAUCAAAAGUUCCAUUACUUGAUCCAAAUUUGGGAAAUAGGCCGAAAAUUGAAGCUCAUAAGAGAGAUAAGUAUUGGAGAAGAAGAGGAAUGAAGCACCAUAGAUAUCUGAGGUGGCGAAAAAGAAACGAAACUCUUCUAGCCCACAAAGAAACUGCUAAGCAAAAGAAGAAAGAAAUAAAAGUAAAGAAUGAAAUUGCAAAUAUUUGGAAAGCUGCUGGCUUGGAACAAGAGCCUCCUGAUAUACCAGGUGAAGAGAGAGAAACUUUGGAACAGCAGUGGAAAAGACAAGGAAUAUGGACUGGCGCGUUAACUUCUCAGGAAAUAUUCACUUUUGCCACACCACCCGAGCCAAAGAAUAAGAAAACUCUUCCUGUGAAGGUGUUUAAAAUACCCAGAUGAACAAAUCUGUUACUCUUUGAAUGGUCAUAAAAAGAUAACUGAAAUACUACUGUUCAUGCUAGAGUCUGUCACCAAAGCGCAAUUCUAUGUUGGAAUAAAUGUCUCGAACUAACACAU